AUGCAGUUUGCAAUCUGGCUGGUUGGACUAAUGUGUCAUCUAUCAGCACUUGUCCGGGAUUCUUUGCAACACCGAUUGCAUCCGAAACAAGAAGGCUUCAUCAAGCAACUGUCAUCGUAUGAAAUCAUCACCCCGAUCCGUGUGAAUGACUUCGGAGAAUCAUUCCCUCACAAAUUGCACUACAGAAGGAGACGGAGAAGUUUAAAUGAUGACCUGUCAGACUUACGGGUUCACUACAGGAUUGAUGCGUUUGGGGAACGCUUUCAUCUCAAUAUGACCGCAGACUCCGGCUUCAUCGCUCCCUCUUACACAGUGACACACUUGGGAGCCGAACAGAGUAACGCCACGGACUUCCACUUCUUUGAGCCAAGCGAUAUGCGCCACUGCUUUUUCCGAGGACACGUCAACGCCAAGAGCGAGUACCCCGCCGUCUUCAGUCUGUGCACUGGCCUUAUUGGAACUUUUACGACACAACAUGGCGAAUACUUCUUGGAGCCCCUUUUGAAUGCUGUGGGGGAGGAAUAUGAUGACAAGCACAAUAAACCUCAUCUUAUCUAUCGACAUGAGAGGAAGAUGAACAUCUCAAGUACCGAAAACAACACAGAACCCUGUGCUGCCUCAGGGGGCGGGGACUCCAAGAAGCCUGUCUCUUUUGAGAGCAGAGGGAAUAUGGGAGAGGAGCUGGACACUAUCAGAGCCACAGUAGACGAUCAACACAAUUAUGACAACAUCUCCAAUGGCACACACCCCAAAUCCCAGCGCAGACGCAAGCGUUUCCUCUCAUACCCUCGCUACGUUGAGCUGAUGGUAACAGCGGAUGCUAAAAUGACACGUCACCAUGGACGCAACCUAGAGCACUACAUCCUAACAAUCAUGUCAGUAGUAGCGGCAGUGUACAAAGACCCCAGCGUAGGAAACCUCAUCAACAUCGUGAUUGUCAAGCUAGUCAUCAUCCACAAUGAACAGGAAGGGCCCACAGUGAGUUUUAAUGCUGCCACUACUCUCCACAACUUCUGCGUCUGGCAGCAGAGCCAAAAUGUCCAAGAUGACAGCCAUCCCUCUCACCAUGACACUGCACUCCUCAUCACCAGGGAAGACAUCUGUCGUGCGAAAGAUAAAUGCGACACGUUAGGACUUGCAGAGCUGGGGACAAUGUGUGACCAGUACCGGAGCUGCUCCAUCAGUGAGGAAAAUGGAAUUAGUGCCUCUUUCACUAUUGCUCAUGAGCUGGGCCAUGUGUUCAACAUGCCUCAUGAUGACAACCCCAAAUGUCGGGAUGCAGGCAUGAAGCACCAGUAUCAUGUCAUGGCUCCUACUCUCAAUUAUGACACCAAUCCCUGGUCAUGGUCCAAGUGCAGCCGCAAGUACAUCACAGAGUUUCUAGACACCGGCUACGGGGAGUGCCUUCUUGAUGAGCCUGUUGGCAGGACAUAUGAGCUGCCUACCCUCCUCCCUGGUCAAAUCUACAAUGCUAACAGACAAUGUGAACUGAUGUUUGGACCUGGUUCCCAAAUUUGCCCUUACAUGAAACAGUGCAAACGGCUGUGGUGUACAAGUGCAGAGGGGGACCAUAAAGGAUGUCGCACGCAACACAUGCCACUGGCUGAUGGGACGGACUGUGGUCAUGGAAUGUAUUGCAGACAUGGGAUGUGUGUAAACAAGGAGUUGGAUCUACAGCCAGUCCAUGGAGAGUGGGGUCCCUGGGGGCCCUACAGCAGUUGCUCUAGGGCCUGUGGUGGAGGAACACGGAGCAACAUCAGAGACUGCAACAAGCCUGAGCCUAGAAAUGGCGGUAAGUUCUGUGUGGGACGCAGGAUGAAGUUCCGUUCCUGCAACACUGAGCCAUGCCCGCGAGGACGGAAAGAUUUCCGUGAAGAGCAGUGCUCUCACUUUGACGGCAAGCAUUUCAACAUCAACGGUCUACCUCCCACCGUCCGCUGGGUCCCCAAGUACAGUGGCAUACUAAUGAAGGAUCGGUGUAAGCUUUUCUGCCGAGUUGCUGGGACUACGGCGUACUAUCAGCUGAAGGACCGCGUCAUUGAUGGCACACCAUGUGGGCCAGACACUUAUGACAUCUGUGUUCAAGGCCUCUGCAGGCAAGCAGGCUGUGACCACGUGCUGAACUCUAAGGCCAGGAAUGACAAGUGUGGAGUUUGUGGCGGGGACAACUCGUCAUGUAAAACCCUGGCAGGGACCUUCAACGAUGCUCAGUAUGGUUACAACACAGUGGUCCGUAUCCCAGCUGGAGCCACCAACAUUGAUAUCAAACAGGUCAGCUACUCUGGAAAGCCAGAGGAUGACAACUACCUCGCAUUAUCCGAUAGCCAGUCCAACUCCCUCCUCAAUGGGAACUUUGUGGUGGCCAUGUUCAAAAGGGAAAUCACCUUCAAGGGAAUUGUCAUAGAGUACAGCGGCUCAGACACUAAAGUGGAGCGCAUCAACUGCACUGACCGCAUUGAGGAGGAGCUCAUAUUGCAGGUCUUGUGUGUGGGAAACCUCUACAACCCAGAUGUCCGUUACUCCUUCAACGUACCCAUCGAGGAACACAGGGAACAGUUUGUGUGGGAUCCCUCAGGCUCCUGGUCUGAGUGCAACCACAUCUGUCAGGGUGUCCGGAGACGAAAGGCAGUGUGUGUGCGUAAGAGCGAUCACCUCGAGGUAUCAGACCAACGCUGUGAACACUUACCUCGUCCUGUUGCUGUACCUGAGCCCUGCAACACCGACUGUGAAGUCAGGUGGCAUGUUGCUGGAAAGAGUGAAUGUUCAGCUAAAUGUGGCCCAGGUUACCGCAGCCUGGAUGUCCAAUGUAUGAAGUACAGCAUGAUGAAGAGACAGAGUGAGAGGAUGGAGGCCAGCGCCUGUGUAGAUAUUGCCAAACCUCAAACUAGGGAACAGUGCCAUGGGAACUGCCUGCUCAAGAACUGGCAGUACGGUGCCUGGUCACAGUGCUCUAAAACAUGUGGACGUGGGAGCCGUAGCCGAGAGUCUUAUUGUAUGAACAACCGGGGCCGGCGGCUGUCAGACAGGGAUUGCGACGAAUACCAGAGGGUGGUCACGGAAAUCUGCAAUGACCAGCCAUGUCCAAAGUGGACUGUCAGCGAGUGGAGCGAGUGCCUAGUGACUUGUGGGAAAGGGAUGAGGCACAGGCAAGUGUCCUGCAGCAUGGGAGCUGGGGAGGAAAAGCUGAGCGAGCACCUCUGUGACCAGUCCAGCAAACCCCCCACUGUUGGUAACUGUGAACUGCCUGAAUGUGCAUCCUGGCAAGUUGGUGUCUGGGGAGUGUGUGCAGUGACCUGUGGCCAUGGCUACCAGAUGAGAGCUGUGAGGUGUGUGUCAGGGGCCUAUGGUGACACAGUAGAUGACAGAGAGUGCAACGCUGCGGCAAGGCCCAGAGACAGUCAGGACUGCGAGAUGCCAGUGUGUCCAUGGGCCUCUCCUGCACAAAGCACACCUCGUCCUGACAAGUCUGCUCAGCUCCUGACUCAGUGGAGAUAUGGCUCCUGGACUGCGUGCUCAGUGUCCUGUGGCAAGGGGAAGCGAGAGCGUUAUGUCAGCUGCAGAGAUGCCCAGGGAGGAGUGGCCGAUGAAUCAUACUGCGCCCACUUGACCCGGCCCCCGGAGUCCUCUGCCUGCUUCAGCCCCUGUGGUCAAUGGAUUGACGGGGAGUGGUCUCCUUGUUCAGUGACAUGUGGUGUUGGAAGAACUACCAGACAAGUAGUCUGCUCUAACUACCAUCAGCCUGUAGACCAGUCUUUCUGUGACCCGGAUGACAGACCUGCAACAGAACAGGAGUGUACGGCUGUACCCUGCUCCUCUGUUUACCAUGGCACCAACCAGCCGUAUGGAUAUCCUCAGGACCCAGGACACCAUCCUGGGCACAGCUUCUGGAAUGUGCCCUCAGCAGACAACCAGUGGAGGACCGGACCUUGGGGUGCAUGUUCCAGUACCUGUGCAGGAGGCUUCCAGAGGCGAGUGGUGGUCUGUCAGGAUGCUGACGGUCGUAGCAACAGCUACUGUGAUGAGAGGGUCAAACCCGACGAGUCCAAGAGCUGCAACUCUGGGCCCUGCCCUCUGUGGAUCAAUGGAGUCUGGGAAGAGUGCACCCACACCUGUGGUGGAGGAAGGAAGACUCGCUGGGUGGUGUGUCAAAGGCCCAAUGGCCAGAGGCUCAGUGACUACAACUGUGACAUCCUGGACAAACCGCCUGACAUGGAGCAAUGCAACCUGCAGCCCUGCCCAGGCUCUGCCUCCUGGCAACGCCGACCAUGGAAGCCGUGUUCGGUGAGUUGUGGUCGGGGGACCAAGCUACGGGAGAUUGCCUGUGUUUAUCAGAACCAAACCAAAAUAGAAGAGGAGCGCUGCAGUCAUCUUCCUCGGCCACGGACGCAGAAGGCCUGCCGGACCCGAGGAUGCCCCAGUUGGAAGGCGAACAGGUGGAGAGAGUGUUCUGUCACCUGUGGAGUUGGAGUUCAGAACCGAGAUGUCUACUGCAGGCUAAAAGGCACUGGAAAGGUCAGAGGGGAUCUAUGUGAUGCUCACACACGUCCUGCUGUCAUGCGGCCCUGCCAAACUGCAGAAUGCACCCAUUACACUUGGGUUGCUGGUGAAUGGGAGGAAUGUAAUGCAACCUGUGGAGAAGGCAUGAGAAGCAGGAAGGUGGGGUGUAGGGGCCCAGGGAUGACCCCUGCCCAGGUUGAUUAUUGUGAGCCAUCAUCCAAGCCUCCAUCACACCAGCUGUGCAAAGGAGCUCCCUGCCACUAUAUGUGGAUCACAGGGGAAUGGUCACAGUGCUCUGCCAGCUGUGGUGUGGGCUACCAGCAGCGUAUUGUCUCCUGCUCCAUGAUGCCUUCCUCUCAGGCUCACCGCCAGUAUGCUGCCCAGUCCUCCUCUGCUAGCACCCACUGUGUGGAGCCUCACCCUCCUGGCACCCGACCGUGCCUUCUCAGGGACUGUCCAUACACAUCCUAUUGGAAAGUUGGCCCAUGGAGCAAGUGCUCGCAGACCUGUGGGGCAGGAGUGAUGGAGCGCAGAGUGGAGUGUGUGACCUCCAAAGGUCAUCUGUCAAAACACUGCCGUCCUUCAGAAAGACCUGAGUCUCAAGCUGCAUGCCAAGACAGAGAAUGCCAGUUGUUCACUUCCUGCCGUGAGGUCCAGAUGAAAAAGGGUGUGAGGAUAGAUGGGGAAUAUUAUCUCAAAGUCAAUUCCCGGAUCCUACAGAUUUACUGUGCUGAGAUGCAGACUGAUUUCCCCAAGGAGUAUGUGACCUUGCGCAGCGGUCAGACAGACAACUACUCUGAGGUGUAUGGGCACAGAUUGCUGAACCCCUUUGAAUGCCCGUAUAAUGGCAGCCGAAGACAGGACUGUAACUGCAGGAAUGACUACUCAGCAGCAGGAUACACACUGUUCCAUAAAGUUCGUCUGGACCUGAGCUCCCUGAGGAUAAUGAUCACAGACCUCCAGUUUUCCCAUACUCUUCUUGGGCGACCUGUGCCUUUUGCUACAGCGGGAGAUUGUUACAGUGCAGCCAAGUGUCCACAGGGUCAGUUCAGCAUUAAUCUGAUUGGCACUGGCCUCAAAGUGGCUGAGGCCACCAAAUGGACAUCUCAGGGCAACUAUGUUUCCGUCAAAGUCCACAGAUCUGAGGAUGGGACAAGAAUCUACGGUCGCUGUGGUGGUUUCUGUGGGAAGUGCAUUCCCCAGGCUCACAACGGCCUACUCCUCCAAGUCCAGUAAGGGCCAUGCAGAGACCAAACCCCUAAAUCAACCUGAAGACAGUAACCAAGAACAUGCAAUAAUAGUGAU